AUCAGAGGUGUUUCUUGGCAUUCCUUUCUCAUCUUUCAAGUCUUGAUCCGUAUCGUCGACCAGAACACCAGCAACUAGCUUCGAAACUCAAGGGUGAUCGACGUGAUUACGUAGAUCGUAUACAGUGCGACCGCCACAUAACCGUAGCUGACCUCGAUGCGCCCUUUUCCGAUGAAUACGCCCACCGUGAGGAUCGUUGCGCAGUUCAGAAUUAUAAAGACAAAGCCGGCAAGAAUCGGAGACGAGAGGGAAACGACCGAUUCUUCCUUUCCGGUCUGGGCUUCCAGGCUGCGGAAUCCCAGUCCCAGUCCUAGCAAAAUAUUGAAGACGGGCCCGGCAAAACAGGCCGUCAUCGCCAUGUUUGCCAGCCCCUUUCGGGCCAUAGUGAUAUUCGCGCUCAGAUCGCCCACGGAGUUUCCCCAGGCAAGAAUGGUGAGGCCCAUAAUGGCACCGGGGAUGUGCAAGAUGAUGCCGAUGAAAUUUAGCAGGGCCACCAAGCGAUCCGCGAUGAAAUCGAUCCAUGUUGCCGCCAUCACAAAACCGUAAAAGGCAAUGGGGGUUGCAGCGAUCAGCGACAUGUUGCCUUCUCCACCCGGGGCAAACCGAAGGACAAGAAGACCAAUCAAUGCGGAUAUUCCGAAAUAUAUCAUAAAAUACGGAAGCGAAUCCUUUGACCAGAGAUUAAUUUCGUGUUGGACCAGCAAAUAGUACGCAAACCAAAAGGGAGAAAGAGCAACAGAGAGCGAAACAAACCCUCUGUUGUAGUACCCUUCACAAGGAAUGGGAAUCGUUACCUGAAUAAAAGCCCGUGAAUUGU